ACUUCUGUUUAUUUCUUCCAUGUGAUUAUGCCUUCUUUUCAUUAAGCUUUACUUUCAUAAUUGUUGUUAGUUGAACCUUUCUUACUUGGAGCUCUAUUUCUUCUAGCUUUAGUCAAGCUCUUGCUUUAUUGCAUUCAAAUCAGUAGGGUCUUGCUCAUGUUUCUUUCUGAGAAGCUAUUGGAAAAGUACUUUUUCCUGUUUUACUCUUAAUAGCUGCCUCCUGAGAUGCUGGAUAUUUAGACUACAAUUUUCUUCUUGCUAUGAUCUUCAAAAAUUAAGUAAUCCUUGGAUAGUUAUUCUGCUAAUUUCUCUGGAGUUCAGAUGCAUAGAGCCAGUACAUAGCUAAUAUAGAGCUGUUGUAAAUCCUCUUGUUGUGAUGUUUUGAUUUGUCUCCGAAGAAGUUCUAAGUAUUGACUUCCUCUAGAAUUUGUUCCUCUUUGUAGUUAAACUUCAUUAGUCUCUCUAGUUAUUCAUCUUCACGAUGCCUCCUACAUAUUUCCCUCUUCGCUGGGAAAGCACUGGAGACCAAUGGUGGUAUGCUUCUCCCAUAGAUUGGGCAGCAGCGAAUGGCCACUAUGACUUGGUCCGGGAGCUUCUUCGGAUAGAUGGCAAUCACCUCAUCAAGCUUACCUCUUUGAGGAGGAUCCGUCGCCUUGAGACUGUCUGGGAUGAUGAAGAACAGUUUGAUGAUGUUGCUAAGUGUCGUUCUCAAGUUGCUAGGAAGCUUUUUCUCGAAUGCGGAUCAAAGAAAGCAAAGAAUUCCCUUAUCAGAGCUGGAUAUGGUGGAUGGCUUAUAUACACUGCUGCCUCUGCUGGAGACUUGGGUUUCGUUCAAGAACUUCUUGAAAGAAACCCUCUACUUGUUUUUGGAGAGGGGGAGUAUGGUGUUACUGAUAUUCUUUAUGCUGCUGCCAGGGGUAAAAACUCUGAGGUUUUCAGGCUUUUAUAUGACUUUGCAGUCUCACCAAGGUUUUUGACAGCUAAAGGUGAAGGCUUUGAGGAGCGCAUUGAGGAAAUUCCUUCUGUUUAUAAGUGGGAGAUAACAAACAGAGCUGUUCAUGCUGCUGCUAGAGGAGGAAAUUUGAAGAUUUUGAAGGAGCUUCUCAGUGACUACACAGACGUUUUGGCUUAUAGAGAUAAGCGUGGUUCAACUGUAUUACAUGCUGCUGCUGGCAGAGGCCAGGUUGAGGUGGUUAAAAAUCUUGUCUCAUCUUUUGAUAUCAUCGACUCCGUAGAUGAUCAAGGCAACACAGCUUUGCAUAUUGCUGCUUACAGGGGCCAAGCAGCAGUUGUUGAGGCUUUGAUUCUUGCAUCUCCCUCGUUGAUCCCUGUAAGAAACAAGACUGGAGAAACAUUUCUCCAUUUGGCAGUGUCCGGUUUCCAAACUCCUGCUUUUAGAAGAGUGGACCGACAGAUUGAUCUUAUGAAGCAAAUCGUAGAUGCAAAAAGCUUCAACAUGGAAGACAUCAUUAAUGCCAAAAAUAAUGAUGGAAGGACUGCUCUUCACAUGGCCAUCAUUGGGAAUGUUCAUACUGACCUGGUUGAACUCCUGAUGUCUGCACAAUCAAUUAAUGUGAACAUCCGUGAUGCAAACGGAAUGACUCCACUUGAUCUUCUCAGACAAAGGCCCCGUUCUGCUUCGUCAGAUAUACUAAUCAGACAUUUGAUUUCUGCUGGGGGAAUGUUUGGUUGUCAGGAUUACACUGCAAGAAGAGCAAUUGCUUCCCACUUAAAGCUGCAAGGUCAUGGAAGCAGUCCUGGAGCUUCUUUCAGAAUAUCCGACACUGAAAUAUUCUUGUAUACAGGUGUUGAGACCACAUCGGAUGCCAGUGAUGUAGGUAGCGGAGGAAGGAGUCGUUCAUCCUCAACAGAUUUUGACUCUGCGGAUGAAAAGAGGAAGCCAUCUGUUGAUAAAAAGCCAGGUUCUAUGAAUAAUGCUGCACAGCGAUUGAAAAGUGUCCUCCACUGGCCCCGGCUGAAGGAGAAAGAGACUAAAAGAUUUAAGAAAUCAAUAAACGAGGGUUGCUCAGAAGAAACUCCAAUCCCACUUAGACAGAGAUUUUCAAAGCCUGCAUCACUUCCUAACAACAAGAGGACGCUUUCUGUGAGGAGUAAUCAAUCCAGUCCAAUUGCAAAGAAGAAACUUGCUUCAGGGAUAAUGCAAGGUGUUAUGCAAGCCAUGCCACAGUUAACUAUUCCUCGAAGAUCUCGUUCGAGUUCAUUUUCAAAGUCAUCCCUUUCUUCUCCUAGCUCAUUGGAUAAACAAAAAGGAAUUUUCAUUGAAACUGAUAUUGCUGGACCAUCUUGCUCCAAUCCAACUGUUGAUAAUGAGAAACCAAACACAAUUGAGAAGCAAGGGUCCACCAAAAAGGGGUUAAGGAGCCAGUAUUUCUGUUUCGGAGGUUCAGGCCUGGCGGUGAAAACCCCAGUCAGCAGGCAGAUGCAGAAGCAGACUGUCAACCCUGCCAUGGUCUCAAUGGCUUGAUUGACUGACAGGACAGGAAGAGUUGGGUCCUGAAACUGAUCUGAAGGCCAACCACCACCUGUAUCUAUGUAAAAGGCAACUUACUGACAUAGAAGAAAGACUGGCAAGGUCUGUAACUUGCUGCCUGUUUUAUAUGUCUAGGUUCUGUACUUGUUAGAUAAAGACCUGUAUGUCGAAAUAAACGUUUCAUGUUCCACUGUAAGUGAACUAUUCCAAAAAACAAAUGUGAUGUUCUAAUCGGUUUGCUUUUUGUGUA